AUGUCCUCUAUUGCUUCCCUGGCUGCUCGUCGGGCUCUGACCCGUCAGCCCCUCUUCCGCGCCCCUCCGCGUCGCUUCGCUUCCUCCAAGUUCGAGGAGGCCAGCCUCGACAAGGCCCCCAAGCGUGACCCGGAGCUCUACGUUCUCCUGGGCGUCAUGUCUGGUGCUUUCCUGAUUGCCGGCUGGUACUUCGGCAGCAAGCCCACCUCCGUGAACUCAGAGAGCAACGUCCGCAUCGGCGAGAGCGCCAUGCCCUGGGAACACGCCACCCAGGAUGGCAAGGUCUACAAGUACCAGUACCACCCGCACGGCGACAAGAGCCAGCCCCUCCGUGCUGCUCCCAGCGCUAUGAACACGGUCGUCGUGCCCAAUGUGGCUCUGCCCGAGGACCUGCACGAGCGCUUUAACAAGUACGGCAAGGAGGAGUGGGACUACUAA